CAUGGGAAGUGCUGUGGCAGGGCAGAGGUGUUGUGGGUGCAUGUUGGUGCGGGUGUGUCUGGCGGGGUGCUGGAGCAGUGCGGUGUGUUGAUUCUGGAAGGAUCGGUGGUGUUGGCGUCCAGGCAGCGGGGUGGGGUGCGGUACGACACCUGCAGGGCCACUCCUGGCAACCGGGGUGUCUCCCAGUCAGCAGGUCCAUUGUGAGCCAGACUUGUGAGCAGUGAGCACCGCGCGGCCGUACACGCUGUGACCCUUUCGUACCCGAGGCGGCUGAGGAUCUGGCCAUGCUGGAGGCGUCGUAAUGCCCGGGGGGCGCGGCGAGCAGUGACGCACGGGUGGGAGGAACUAGUGAGUGAGGCCAGGACGGAGGUGUGGCGGGUGUGGCCCAGUGUUACGGACACGGUUUGACGGGCCGCGGGCCACCUCCCCGCCGCCCGCACCAUGGCCGCCCACUGAGGCCACCCACCCAGCCGCCCCAGACACGCCGCACACUCCCGCCACGGAUAACAUGCUUAAGUGGUGGAGCUGCGGUUGGUGUGAGGGAGCAGCUCAGGCCACCUCUGUUUAUCUACCACACCAGCAUCCAUACCAGCAGCAGCGUAAGCAGCAGCAGCAGCAGCAGCAGUAUCAGCAGGAGCCAGCCCAGUAUCCGCAGCAACAGCAGGAGACAGAAGACGCAGGAAGGCAGCCAGUCCAGGCGGUCAUGUACUGGUACCUGUUGUAGACCAUGAGUGAAGAAUCCGAGAGUUUGAAUGAAGAGGAACGUAGUGUGUUUCGUCCGUUCACACAGGAGAGUCUUGCUGCCAUAGAAGCCCGCAUCGCCGAGGAAAAUGCUAAGAAGAAUGAACUACAAAAGAAGAAGGAGGAGGGGGAGCCUGUGUAUAAUGACGAUGACGACGACGAAGGCCCGCAGGCAGACCCUAACCUGGAGCAGGGGAUGCCGCUACCCAACCGCCUUCAGAGUUCCUUCCCCGAUGAUCUGGUGGGCGUCCCCUUGGAGGACAUCGACCAGUACUAUCACAACCAAAAGACCACAGUUGUGAUCAGCAAGGGAAGGGAUAUCUUUCGGUUCAGCGCUACGGAUGCAAUGUGGCUGCUAAGUCCAUUCAACCCAGUCCGUCGCACAGCCAUCUUCAUCCUUAUCCACCCGCUCUUCAACUUCUUCAUUAUUUGCACCAUCCUAGCCAACUGUGUCCUGAUGAUCAUGCCCACGAACGAAAUGAUUGAGUCCAGCGAAGUGUUGUUCACGGCGAUCUACACCUUCGAGUCUGGAGUGAAGGUGAUGGCUCGAGGGUUCAUCCUAGAGAGCUUCACCUACCUCAGGGAUGCAUGGAACUGGCUCGACUUCACGGUUAUAUCAUUAGCGUACGUGACCAUGGGUAUUGACCUCGGGAACCUGGCUGCCCUCAGGACCUUCAGGGUACUCCGAGCCCUCAAGACCGUGGCCAUCGUUCCAGGCCUCAAGACCAUCGUGGGCGCUGUGAUAGAGUCCGUGAAGAACCUCCGCGACGUGAUCAUCCUGACGGUGUUCUCGCUGUCGGUGUUCGCGCUGCUCGGCCUGCAGAUCUACAUGGGCGUCCUCACCCAGAAGUGCAUCAGGAAGUUCGACUUUACGAAAGAGAACUGGACCCUUGAAGAUGUCGAAAACUUUUAUAAGAAUGAAUCCAAUUGGUUGAAGGAUGAAGGUGUGCAGGAUAGUCCCUUAUGCGGCAACAGUAGUGGUGCCGGGCCGUGUCCCCCGGGGUACAUCUGCCGCCAAGGGUACGGCCCCAACCCGAACUACGGCUUCACCAACUUCGACUCCUUUGGGUGGUCGUUUCUCUCCGCCUUCAGACUCAUGACGCAGGACUACUGGGAGAACCUCUACCAGCUGGUACUGCGGUCAGCGGGGCCUUGGCACAUCAUUUUCUUCGUGGUCAUCAUCUUCCUCGGUUCAUACUACUUGGUCAACCUGAUCCUGGCUAUCGUCGCCAUGUCUUACGACCAGCUGCAGAAGAAGGCCGAGGAGGAGGAAGAGGCUGCGUUGGCUGAGGAGGAAGAGCUGAAGGCGCGAGAGGAGAAGGAGCUGGCGGCAACGCAACACGCCCUCAACAUGGCUGCAGGGAUAGACGACGGAGGCUCUCCCAUCAACACCCCUUCGGAAUACUCUGUAGACACGUACGAGAACUUCAUGAGCACUGACCAGGGCGGCGAUGACACCAUGAAGGACGCCAGUAUAAGGAGUGAGGAGCAGGAUUCCAGAGGGCGCCACAACGGGAAGAGAAAGGCGAGCAUCAGCCUGCCGGGGUCGCCCUACAACCCCCGCCGAGGGUCUCGCGGCAGCCACCAGUGCACGUGGCGCACCACCAACGGCCGCCGCUUCGGGGACCGCAAGCCCCUGGUGCUGUCCACGUACAUGGACGCCAUGGAACACCUGCCCUACGCCGACGACUCCAACGCCGUGACGCCCAUGAGCGAGGAGAACGGCGCCAUCAUCGUGCCUGUGUACACCACCCUGGGGUCCCGACACAACUCCUACACCUCCCACAUGUCCCGCGUCUCCUACACCUCCCACGGGGACCUCCUCAACGGCAAGCCGCCCACCACCAAGGCCUCCAAGCUGCUCAACAGAUCCCCCCGCAAUAUGAACACCUCCCUCCCGCCCGAGCUGGACAAUAACAUGCUCCAGAUGCUCCCGUUGAGGCCGGAGGGCGAGGCAAUGCGCAGGAAAGAAGACGAGGUGAUAGAUAACAUCAUUCGUGAGAUCUUUGGGCCAGAUAUCACCCUUGAGUAUAUCGACAAGGACGCUUCGGCCCAGGCCACGCCGCUCGCAAGGUCCAAAGAGAACGUUGUCGAGGACUCUGAUGACAUGCUGGCGCUGAAACUCAAGAAUCCUGACGCCAACCCGUUCAUUGAUCCCAUCCAGAAGCAGACGGUGGUGGAUAUGCGAGACGUGCGGGUGCUGCAGGACAUCAUUGAGCAGGCGGCAGUGAACGCAGCAGGCAGAAUGAGCAGAGCAAGUGAUCACGGUGAAGAGGAGGAAGAAUCCUUUAAGGAAAAACUCAAGAAAAAGCUAUUAGAAUAUUUGCUGAAAUGCAUAGACCUCUUUUGUGUGUGGGACUGUUGUUCGGUUUGGAAUAAGUUUGCCAAGCUGGUGGAGCUGCUGGUGUUCGACCCGUUCGUGGAGCUGUUCAUCACGCUGUGUAUCGUCGUCAACACGCUCUUCAUGGCUAUGGACCACUACGGCAUGAACUGCAGCUUCGACCACUUCCUCAAGAUGGGAAACUACUUCUUCACGGCGACAUUCAGCAUCGAGUGUUUCCUCAAGAUCAUCGCCAUGAGUCCUAAGUACUACCUGCAGGAGGGCUGGAACAUUUUCGACUUCAUCAUCGUGUUUCUCUCCCUCCUCGAGCUGGGCCUCGCCAACGUCUCCGGCCUCUCCGUCCUCCGAUCUUUCAGGCUGCUUCGAGUGUUCAAGCUGGCUAAGUCUUGGCCCACGCUCAACCUGCUUAUCUCCAUCAUGGGGAAGACGGUGGGCGCCCUGGGUAACCUCACCUUCGUGUUGUGCAUCAUCAUCUUCAUCUUUGCCGUCAUGGGUAUGCAGCUCUUCGGCAAAAACUACACAGAAAACGUAAUGAUGUUCCCUCCCAACCCUGACGGUCAACUGCCGCGGUGGAACUUCACAGAUUUCAUGCACUCGUUCAUGAUCGUGUUCCGUGUGCUGUGCGGGGAGUGGAUCGAGAGUAUGUGGGACUGUAUGGUGGUGUGUGACCUCUCCUGCAUCCCCUUCUUUAUGGCCACCGUCAUCAUCGGAAACUUGGUGGUACUCAACCUCUUCCUGGCUCUUCUGCUGAGCAGCUUCGGCGCCUCCAACCUUUCGGCGCCUCCCUCUGACGGCGACACCAACAAGCUGGCUGAGGCUUUCGACCGCAUCGCCCGCUUCAAGGCGUGGGUGAAGCGCACGGUGCUCAAUGGCCUGAAGCACGUGCGGGCUAAGCUGACCAAUCAAAUAAGCGACCAAACACCAGACGGACGGGACAUGGAGGAGGACAUUCUGAUGGACGGACAGACGGGCAACAAGAAGCUUCCCAAAGAUCACACGCAGGUUGACAUCCCCAUGGACGGCUUCGAUCUGCCUGACGGCAAGAUGAAGAACAUCAACACGGUGAUCAACACGAAGUACAUCGGGAACUCGGUCUCCAUUGAUAACCGGGACGUGGCGAUCAUCGAGAACGACUACGGGAACAACAAGAAGGCGAAGCGGCUGGAGGAGGACGCUCUGAGCAACAACUCCCUCGGCUCGCACCAGCACCGAAAGUUGAAAAGCGACAGCGGGAGUCACAAGGGCUCGACGGAGACUGUAGACGACGGAGAGGAGAAGAGAGAUGCCAGUAAGGAGGACUUCGACGAUGGUAUGCGUCUUGAUGAUCACGGCGGGAGCGGCGACGAGGGGGAGCUGGAAGAGGACGAUGGCCAGGGAGCGGGGCCCAUCAUGGAUACUGGAAGCGACGCGGCCCUGGACUAUCCCUCCGACUGUUUCAAGGAGGCGUGCUACACCAGAUGGCCCUUUUGUGCGGGCGACCCAGAAUCCCCGUUCUGGCAGGGCUGGGGUCACCUCCGGCUGAAGACCUACCAGCUGAUUGAGAACAAGUACUUUGAGACUGCUGUGAUCACCAUGAUUCUGCUGUCCUCCCUGGCCCUGGCUGCGGAAGACGUCAAUCUGAAGGGACGGCCAGCGCUGCAGGAUAUCCUCUACUACAUGGAUCGCAUCUUUACCGUCAUCUUUUUCAUUGAGAUGUUGAUCAAGUGGGUCGCUCUCGGGUUUGCCAAGUACUUCACGAACGCAUGGUGCUGGCUUGACUUCCUCAUUGUGAUGGUGUCGCUGAUCAACCUUGUGGCAACGCUGGCUGGCGGAGGCAAGAUUCAGGCUUUCAAGACCAUGAGAACCCUGCGAGCCUUGAGGCCACUGAGAGCCCUGUCCAGGAUGCAGGGCAUGAGGGUUGUGGUGAACGCCUUGGUGGGAGCCAUUCCCUCCAUCGUGAACGUGCUGCUGGUGUGUCUCAUCUUCUGGCUCAUCUUUGCCAUCAUGGGCGUCCAGCUGUUCAAUGGAAGGUACCACAAGUGUAUUGACGAAGAGGGAAACAAGCUGAACGCAGAGAUCGUGCCGGACCACCAAAUGUGCGACAUCAUGAACUAUUCUUGGGUGAACAGCGAGGUGCACUUCGACCACGUGGGCAUGGCGUACCUGGCGCUCUUCCAGGUGGCCACGUGGAAAGGCUGGAUCCAGAUUAUGAACGACGCCAUUGAUGCUACCCAGUUGGGGAAGCAGCCAAUCCGAGAAUGGAACAUCAACAUGUACAUGUACUUCGUGUUCUUCAUCAUCUUCGGCUCUUUCUUCACGCUCAACCUCUUCAUUGGUGUCAUCAUCGACAACUUCAAUGAGCAGAAAAAGAAAGCUGGUGGCUCCCUCGAGAUGUUUAUGACUGACGACCAGAAGAAAUACUACAACGCCAUGAAGAAAAUGGGAGGCAAGAAACCGCUGAAGGCCAUUCCUCGACCACAGUUUCGCCCCCAAGCCGUCGUGUUCGAGAUAGUGACUAACAAGAAGUUUGACAUGAUCAUCAUGAUCUUCAUCGGAAUGAACAUGCUGACUAUGACUAUGGAUCACUACAAUAUGACGGAAGAGUGGAAGUUGGGGCUCAACUACCUCAACCUCAUCUUCAUCUGUAUCUUCACGUCGGAGUGUGUUCUCAAAGUGUUCGCGCUGCGCUGGCACUACUUCAAGGAACCCUGGAACCUGUUUGACUUUGUGGUGGUCAUCAUGUCCAUCCUCGGUCUGGUGCUGAAGGAUAUCAUCGAGAAGUACUUCGUGUCACCUACGCUGCUUCGUGUGGUGCGUGUGGCCAAGGUGGGGCGAGUGCUGCGUCUGGUGAAGGGCGCCAAGGGUAUCCGAACACUGCUCUUCGCUCUGGCCAUGUCCCUGCCGGCGCUCUUCAACAUCUGUCUCCUCCUUUUCCUUGUCAUGUUCAUCUUUGCUAUAUUCGGCAUGUCCUUCUUCAUGAACGUGAAGCACACAGGUGGACUGGACUCAGUGUACAACUUCGAGACAUUCUUUCAGUCCUUCAUCCUCUUGUUCCAAAUGAUGACAUCAGCGGGGUGGGACAGUGUGCUGAGCGGGAUUGUGAACGAGAAAGAUUGUGAUCCGCCUAACCCCGAGGUGGGUGACCCUGGUAACUGUGGUAACCAAGCCAUUGGGAUUGCUUACCUGCUGGGCUACCUGGUGAUCAGUUUCCUCAUCGUGAUCAACAUGUACAUCGCCGUCAUCUUGGAAAACUAUUCACAAGCCACAGAAGAUGUAGAAGAAGGUCUCACAGACGACGACUACGACAUGUACUACGAGAUAUGGCAGCAGUUUGACCCCAAGGGCACCCAGUACAUCGUGUUCUCACAGGUCUCAGACUUCCUCGACGUCCUGGAGCCGCCGCUGCAGAUUCACAAGCCCAACAAGUACAAAAUUGUGUCAAUGGACAUUACCAUCUGCAAGGGCGACAUGGUGUUUUGUGUGGACGUCCUCGACGCCCUCACCAAGGACUUCUUUGCCCGUAAGGGCAAUCCCGUAGAGGACUCUGCCGACAUGGGUGAUGUAGGGCCCCCGCAGGACCGGCCGGGAUACGAGCCUGUGUCGUCAACGCUGUGGAGGCAGCGGGAAGAGUACUGCGCCCGCCUGAUCCAGCAGGCGUGGCGCAGACACCGGCAGCAAAAGGACCAAUCGUCCCUGUCCGGUGGAGAGUCCCAAGAGGAGCUGAAGCAGGCGGACACGGCCGUCCUGGUCGAGAGCGACGGUUACGUCACAAAAAACGGCCAUAAGGUGGUGAUACACUCGCGGUCACCAUCCCUCACCUCACGCUCCACUGACGUGUGACCCCAAGGCGAGUACCUCACUUGUUGCUGCUUCUUGACCCGCGCCGCCCGCCCCACCCCGCCCCGCCCCGCCCCGCCCCGCCUUGCCUCGCCUCGGGCUCUGGCGCCGCCGCCCACCCCUCGGGGCUCUCUGAGCCCCACAUUGUCGGUCGCGCCUUCCCUAUUCGGGCACGCCGCACUCUUAAUGCCUUGUUGUUUAUGUUUGUUGUGCGACCCCAUAGCCCGCAGCCCGUAGCCGCCUCCCGCAGCCCAUCCACAGCCCCAGUCCGCUGAUCACAAUCCAGCUCGCAGUCCACAGCCCCGACCCCGCCCCGCCCUGCCCCAUCUGGCAAGCCCCAUCACAUCCCACCCACACCUGAGUUUCUCUAUUACUCUGGCCGAGACCUCUCGCCGUGCCCCGAGCGCUGGGGGCUGGCGUCCUGGUGCUGUGAGGACUGCGUCGCCUCACCGGCGUAGGGCUUCCGGCCACUGGCGAGCUGGCCGAGACUGGGCACCUGCCGCCCACACCCCUACCGGCCGCCUAUACCUGCCAGCGGCCGCCUACACCCUCCAACGACCGCCACACCCACCAGCGGCCGCCCACACCCGCCCACGCCCACAGUAUUGUUGCCGUGUAUGAAACACCGGCCACACCUCUACCCUGGUCGGGGCGGCGCGGGGCCGAGGCGGGGCCGCCCCGGCAGUGGCUACGUGUACCACCCAGCUGACAGCAUAAUUAGUGCAUGAGGCCCCAACGCCCUUACCACUGUAGCCCAGCAUAAUACGCCAAGCAGGUGCUAACUGCCCCGCCCCGCCCCGCCCCCUGCAGGCUCCCCACCCACCACCUGCUGCCCCAUCUUUUCCUGGUGCUCAGGAUCUCCCAACCACUUCCGCACCCUCACCGCGCGACGCCCGGGGCUGCGCCUUCCCGAUACCACCUUGUCCUGCGGGAGUGAGUGUUGACGGUGUGCCAGGGAGCUCUCCUCCCUCUUCCCCAAGUGGAGGCCGCCCCGAUGACGCCGCCCUCAACCUCCUCUCGCCUCCACAUCCCCGUCACGUCCUCUUCCCAGCCACCCAUGUCCUGUCCCGGCUCAGAAUUUCCCAUUGUCCUCUCUUGGCUUACUGUGGGGCACCCCGCCCCGCCCGCCCCGCCCCGCCGGUCACGGGGCCACACACAGCCCGGGCGACAUGGCCUUAAGUCUGGUGUAGUGUUACCAGUCCGGAUUGUUUCCUGCACAAUAUUCUCUGUCGACACGCAGUUAUGGAGGUAAUUAAUUUUUAGAUGAUCCUACUAUAAGGUUACGCUGUGCAUAAUAAUAAAAAUAACUAUUUUAUAUUUAUGAUGAUACAAGUGAAAGUAAAGUCUAAGAGGCGCCUCCUGCAUGAGCCAGCUGAGCACCCGGCGGGGCCAGACCGGCGGCGGCGGCGGCCCGCGUCCCUUCCCCGCCAGCCGCCGCCGCCAGCCGCCCUCCGCCGCCCAGGCAGCAGCUGGUGGAGGCUGCGGGCCGGCGUGGAGGAGCCGCGCACUGGUCCACUGGUCUUACACUUCAUAACCAUACAUGUAGCAUAGGAAUAUUGUUGAAAAUUUUGCCAUGGAACUUUUAUCUGAGUGAUGGAAAACUAUGAUGGAAUCUUCGCUCCCAUAGUAAUACUCGAGGCUUGAGUGUGCUGGCAGGCGAGGGGCGGGCCGUCCCCCCGGGCCCCGUCCCUCGCCACUCAACAGCGGCUUGUAUCUGCAGACACUAAGUUUUAAGAGAGAGCGCUGUGAACCUUCCUACUGGUACACGUCUUAGUUGGUAAGGCGCCCCGGCACCUGCUGUACCCCUCGGUUGCCCGCCCUCAUGUGAUACACUUGUGUAAUAUUCAAAUUGUUAUAUUCUUGAUAAGCAGGUUUGUUUUCUAUUAUACCGGCCGCCACGCGUGACGUGCUCAGCUGCACCCGCGUCAGCUGCGGCGACGGACAGCAAGGGCGGGUUGGCGCGGCCUGGGUACGGGCCACCGCCCUUCCCCGGGUGGCCCCACCCCGCCCCGCCCCACCCCGCCCUUAAAUCCCACACCCCACCUCAGUUAUUGUCUCAAAAGAUGCAACAACAACAACUGGUCAAAAUCAGGUGUAGUGGCCCCAGCCCCUUACUUUCCGCGCCAACAGGCGGCCGCCCAGCCCUCCCCGUGUUGUGGAGGCCCCACCACGCCCCUCAGUGUGCCCCCUCCCCCCUCCUUGGUUCCCCGCCCUCAGCCCCGCCCCCUCCACGACGCCGCCUGCCGCCCGUGUAAUUCACUGGUCUGUCUCUCAAGCUGAUAAUGAUAAUCUUAUGAUGAAAAACGGCUUUACUUUCAUUCUACAUUUCGCCUUUUUGCUUGCACUUUGUAAAAUGUUUUGAAUUCCACAGUUUGUACUAUAUUAUCUGUACAUAAUACGUCAUCGAAUAAAUUUUUGAUAAUUUACCACGAAGAAA